GAAUGAAACUCACUGAAGAACAAACAGAGUUGAUUGAAGAAAACGAGGAGAAAGAAGAAUUGAGUGAAUUUGAGGAGGAAAGUCAUGUUAAAACUAGUGGCUUUCAAACCAAACAGAAAGAUUUAAAGAAAAGAAGAGCCAAGAAAUCUUUCACCUGCACUCGGUGUGGGAAGAGUUUGACAAACAAACGUCAUCUUGAGCUUCAUAUGAGAGUUCAUACUGGAGGGAAGCUGUAUGCAUGUGAUCAAUGCGGCAACACAUUUUUGUGGGCUUCAGACCUGAAGAAACACCUGAACUUUCAUAUAAAAGAGAAGCCACAUUCAUGUCAUUUGUGUGGGAAGAGUUUUUCAUGUUUACAACAUUUAAAAGAACAUCAGAAAAUACAUACUAGUGUGAGAGAGUACAUGUGCUUUGAGUGUGAAAAGACUUUUACUUCAGCAAAGUGUUUAAAACAGCACCAGAGGAUCCACACUGGAGAGAAACCAUACAAGUGUUCACACUGUGACAAGAGAUUCAAUCGGUCAGGACAUGUGAAAAGACAUGAGAAGAUUCACACUGGAGAGAAACCGUACACAUGUGAUCGGUGCGGGAAGAGUUUCACACUAAAAGGACACCUCACUGCACAUACGAGAGUUCAUACUGGAGAGAAACCAUUCACUUGUGAUCAAUGUGGAAAGUGUUUCGCGCAAUCAGCAAAACUUAGGGAGCACGUGAAUAUCCACACUGGAGAGAAACUGUACCCAUGUGAUCAAUGUGGCAAAACAUUUUUGUGGGCGUCAGUCCUGAAGAAACACCUGAACGUUCAUACAAAGGAGAAGCCACAUACAUGUACUUUGUGUGGAAAGAGUUUUUCACUUCUACAUCAUUUAAAAGAGCAUCAGAAAAUACAUACUGGUGUGAGAGAGUACAUGUGCUUUGAGUGUGAAAAAACAUUUACUUCGGCAUACUGUUUAAAACUGCACGAGAGGAUUCACACCGGAGAAAAACCGUACAAGUGUUCACACUGUGACAAGAGAUUCAAUCAGUCAGGAAUCCUGAAAGCACAUGAGAGGAUCCACACUGGAGAGAAACCGUAUCACUGCACUGCAUGUGGGAAGUGUUUCAGUCAUUCAUCUGCUCUACACAGACAUACAACAAACAUUUUGAGACUUAAGAAAAAAAAAAAAGGCUUUUAAACUUGAAAUACUGCAAUAGGACACGGCUGUUUCUCUAAAUGAUGACUUGCAUACUAAAAUGACCACUGAAUGCUGACACACAUAUUUUGCUUAUGAACAUGUACAGAUGGAGUGAUUUUAUGUUUUUUCUAUAUGCUCCAUGACAUUGCAUAGUUGCUUAUUUUUGUUAGGUGAUGAAUAAUAACUGCCUUCAAUCAAAAUGAAUCUUUCAUGUAAAGUAACUUGUCAAAACUAGAGUCCUAUGCGAAAUAUGCGAACAAAACAAGGUCGGAAAGCAUGUGCAUUAUUAUAAUUAAGGUACGGUUGAUCAUUAUAUUGGCUGGACCCCAAAAUAAGUGCAUUUAUUAGGGAAAAACUGUGUUGUUCAGAAAGAUUUAUAAUUUGAAAGAUUUAUAAAGACGCAUUAUAAUGUUCUAGUACUAGGUUUGCACAGGUCCCAUUAAUAAGCAAAUGUAGUGGAUAAAUAACAAAGCAACUGAUUAACAUUUUGGGAGCGACGUACACAGAGCUACCAGCGCAAUGAAGCAUCACUGUCAGUUCACGGUUUAAUUUGGCACUGGAUAGGAAAAGGCUCGCUCGAUAAUAUCUAUCCGAUUCAAAUUCUCCAUAUCUAGUCCAUGCUGAAAUGAAAUAACUAUCACGAGUUGUAAGGCAAGUCCUACUUGAGUCUGAAACACAAGGAUCUGCGGAGAACUACAUACUGCAUAAGAGAUGCACAGGUGACAGUAAAGGCAGUGCAGAGUCACGUCUCUCAUCUCAUCUCACACCCAAAGUCUGAUUUCUCAUAGUUCUAUACAAAAAUACAAAUACAAUCUAAAGGCUUGAACAUUUAUCAUCUCAAAUGUACUAUGUAUUUACAUGACCGUCAGCUCUUUAGAACCUCUAUACAGCAGUGGUAUAUAAAUGAGGGGCAAACGAGCGGCGUUGAACCGUGGCUGGGUAGUGCACUACAAGCAGGUUCAAAACAACAGGUCAGAUGAGUUGUGUCUGCUUAUCUGGUCAGCGCACGCACACACACACACACAAACACAUGCGCACGCACACACACACACAAACACACGCGCACG